CGUUCAUCCGCCUGUCAUGAAACAGCUACGACACAACUCUCUCGAUCGUUUCGACACAUUCAUGCAUCCCCUUUCCUCAUGAUGAUGAUGAGGUUGCAGUUCUUGCGCAGUUUUCCAUGAUCUACUAUCUCGUUCGAAUCAGAGAGCAUCUCCAGGAAAGGGGAGACAUGUUUCGAGAGAGUACCUGGUUAUGACAGCUAGCGUGCUGUGCUCUUAUCUUGCACCAAUAAAUCGUCGAGUAGCAGCAUCUCUCUUCCGUAGCCUCGGACCUGCAUCAGGGUCUGGCCUGACUGCUCGGGCACUCGAUCAGUGAAUGCUCCACUGGCUGUCCGUUUGGAUUGUGAAGCUAAUGUCCGUUCAAUCCAUCCAUACCAACCAUCUCAGAUUGCAAAAAGGAGUUACCCUUACUAGGAAGGCAUGGCACCGACCAGGAGUAUACUGUCAGUGGUCGCAUUGACUCUACUCGUCCAUGGUUCAGCGGAUGCUGUGAACCAGAAUUGUUUGAAGGACCAAUUCUACGAUCAGCUUUGCCCUGAUGCCGAACGCGUGAUCCAAAACGCUGUCUUUGCUGAGCUCGACAAGAAUUUAAGUAAUGCCGCCGCUAUCAUCCGCUUGCAAUUCCACGAUUGCUUCGUCGGGGGCUGCGAGGCUUCAGUGUUGCUGGAUGGAGAUGACACGGAGAAAUCUUCCGUCAGCGCGCACCUCAGAGGAUUCGAGGUGGUGGACGCUGCCAAGACGGCGGUCGAGGCCAUCUGCCCCGGCGUCGUAUCUUGCGCAGAUGUCUUGGCCUACGCAGCUCGCGACAGCGCCAUUAAGCUGAAUGGGACGGGAUGGGCUGUGCAAGGUGGCAGAAGAGACGGGCUCGUGGCGUUCUCCGUGGCUGCGGCGGAGGAGGACAUUCCGUCGCCGGAUUUAGAUGUGACGCAGUUGAUAGCGAAUUUCGCCGUAAAGGGUUUAUCCGCGAGGCAGAUGGUCGUCCUGUCAGGAUCGCACAGCUCGGGAGUGGGGCACUGCGACAAGGUCGUCGCGCGCCUUUACAACUUUAGCGCCGCGCGCCCGACGGAUCCGUCGCUGGACCCGGAGUACGCCGAGGAGCUGAAGAGGAGGUGCCCGAACGCGCCGGUCGCGAAAAGCGUGGAGGUCGCCAUGGACUCCGCGACGCCUCAGACCUUGGACUCCGACUACUUCCUGGGGCUGACGGCGCGCAAGGGCCUGUUCGCGUCGGACCAGGCGCUCUUCGAGGACCGGCGCACGACCGACAUCGUCGCGUCGCUGCACGACGGACGCCGCUUCGCUUCCGAGUUCGGUGAGGCCAUGCGCGCCAUGGGCGCCAUCGGCGUAAGAGCCCGCGGCCAGAUCCGCCGGAACUGCCGCAAAGUGAACACUUGGUGACCGGAAACCAGAAUACGCCAAUUCGGUGCCGGAGCUUCCAUAUCCGGCGGCCUCUUUCGUGCUGCUCGUAUGUCCCUCAUGUCCGGCUUCGGACCCGAGGCUUCAGGGUCUUUGUCCGUUAGAUUAUAGUCCUUCUUCAGGACUGCUCUCGGAUUCUUACGUCUUCCUUGCGUUUCACAUCCAGAAUUAGCACCCCUUUGUUUUGCUGCUUAAGAAACGACGCAUCAUUUAUAGAAAAACUGCUGUGCUCUCAGUACAUCGAGUUGAACAGGAAUAAAACUCGUGUUUCAAGAUGGAAAAGCCAUGGACCGUGUAGACUUCGAGUUCAAUAAAAUUUUGUACAUAAAGUUGCAAUUCUAAUUCCUGAUGAUCAGAGGUCAGGUGACUGAUUUCACUUGUAAAAUAUACAUCUCUGUAUUACUCUGAAAAAUUGCAAUUGAUAUCUAAUCAUUUGUAACUUGAUAUUGAUAUAUUUACGAUAAAAUUUCAUCAAGUUCGCAAGUUAUUUUAUUUGAGACUAUACUCAUUCAAGCCACCGUUCUAGAAUUCUAAUUUCUCAAAAUGGAAAAAUUAUCAAAGAUUUUAAUGCUUAAUCGUGUAUCGUGGUAUUCGUGUGCUUAUGAACCAUUGCUAUGAGCUUCGAGGUACAGUUUAGGCCCUUAGAGGAUUGCACUUGACAUUCUUCCAGACCUUCACCUGCCACCCAGCUGUCGAUACAUGUCCGGAAGAACUCUUGUAGACGGACUCAUGGCUGUCACGCCUCCUGUUCAUGAUCAUCCCUCAGAGUCUUCUUCAGAUCUCAGGACAACAUUCAGUGGAUUGAAAAAAAAAUUAACAUGGAGCGCUGUCAGAUAUUCGACUUCCAUCUUCUCAUAGGACACAAAUGAAUCGAGAUUCAACGGACCGAAGAGCCUCCCUCUUCCUCUUGCAGCUUGGUGAUGCUGCUCAUCCACUCGUGCAUGAAAGCUACAAGAAAGCUUGCACACGAUUCACGUCAACUUGUAGAAAGAGAUCUCCCCUAUCCAUCAGCGGAACUUGGAUCGUCUCCAGUCUUGUCCCGAUGGUGGGAGCCGAGUGAAGGCAUAAUGGAAACAAAGAAAAUGCAUCCUUUCGGGCAACAGAUAGUGACGGCUCUGGAAGAUCUGACGAGGCACGCUCGAUAGGCUAAGUAGCCCUGGCAUUGUCAAUCCCUAACUCGGAACAAAGUACUCAAUUUCGACCAAAGCUAUUCUCUUUGUACCCGAUGCUCGACAGGACACCUUCAGACUGUUGGCAGAAAUGUACCCAACAGGGUUUGUGAUUACCUUCAGCUCUAGCAAGAAAAACCUUCCUUGAGUUCUUCCUAGACGUGUAACAAUUGUGCCACGAAUUGAGUGCAGUGAUGUCACGAAAUCCUUCCAGAAGCUCAUGACCAUAUGCUCCACACUCAGACAAGGAAGGAGGAGCCACAACCAGAAGGGGCCCAUGAUGUUCUAAGAGGAAAUGAACCUCUGAACUAGUAGGAGGAAGUGAGAGCACGAAGUCAAACCUGAUAUGCCAGUAUCAUAGCCCACGGCCAUAAUCAUGGAGGCUGAGACAACUGCCGUGAAAGUAUCAUACAGUGUGGUGACUCCUUCGUAGCGCUUCUCACGGGCUGCUCUGCCUGCCAACCUUCGACCUGCCUUGCCAUGUUCAGUUCCUGACGCUCGCUGCUGUUGGUUUGACGCGAUCUUCAUUCAGAUUUCCAGACAGGAAUGAACGUCAUGAUCCAGUACCUCCUCCCAUCUCUGAAACGAUUGCUCGUGGUUCCAGCUCCUGAUAACCAAUGACGACGAAUCUCUUCCGCGGAAACUUCCGCUGGUCAGUGGCGGCUCAAUCAGCUCAAGAGACUCAUUCAGACCCCCGGCCCAUCUGUGCAAGCACCUCACAGUCCAGCAGCAGCAACACAGAGCUGAACCGUCUGAAAUUAUCCACUCAUAACCCGAAUGCACACUUCGAGGCACUGGAUGCUGAAAAUGCCACACAUUGACGAGGUCGGCUGGUCCACGAGCUGCGUAGUGGUUUCGGCCAGCUCUCCAUCACCUUCGCCGGCCGCUUCACGACCCAGGACGUCAGCUUGGAAGGAACACUUAGCUGCAGCUGGCUUCGUGGGAUUUUGGAGCUCAGAUUUGAGGAUAGAUCUCGUACUGCCGGUUCGUGAGCUCUGUUAUGAACUGGUAUGGUCUUCUGCUGGAGUUCAGGGCACGAACACUAGCCCUCAAAAGCCAGAAUUCCUUAAAUUCCUGCCUCGAGACCAUUCGACUCCAUGUUUGAGUUCAGAUUGCCGAGAGCUGAGCGGUGAGUUGACUCUAAGCAGCAAUCAUGAAGCGAAAACUGGUCUUGCCAUUUCUGCGACCUGAGAGAUGAAUCUAAGGCAGCUGACUUUGGUCCACUGCAUUGCAUCUGAAUGCAGUGGACAUCUUUCUUUUGAACAUCUUCGCAUUUGAUUGCUGUUUGUGCUGCUGCUGCUAAGUCACGCGAGCACCGAGCUCAAGACAUGUAUAGCGUCGAGGCCUCGCGUGCUGGCAGAGUAGAGCAGAGCAGAGCGCAAGACCGAUCCAUGCUCUGGCUCAGAGGAUCGAUCGGGUGAUGGAAGGUUUGAGGGUGGAGGCGACUUCUUUCCGUGCUGGUGUUUCCUGUAGCAUCGCCAUCUCCAAGUAUUGGAUCCCGAGAGUCGAAUGGUAUCCCCAGGAGCUAGCUGGAGGCCG